GGAGAGGAGCAAGGCAUGCAGGAGCCACUCAGUCAAUUGUUUUCUCUCCGGCUGACUACCGUAUACUCCAGGGACUUAUACUAUACCACUUCUUGAAGCCAGGAUUCUUACCGUUUUUUGAAGACACAUAAAAUCUAACCUAAUUUAUUUGAGAAGGAAAUUAAUGUUUUUCUAACUUUCUUCCUAUAAUCUUGAGCUGUCGUUGUAUGUGACAUUAGUGGAGCUCAAAAGGGGGAGGAACCUCACGGGAUGGUUUGACUUGGAAGAGAGGGUGAUCUUUUCUUGUGUCUUGCAUCUUCUUUGUUGCAAAGACAGAGAAGGAAUUGGUUUUCAGGAAGAACAGGGAGAGGGAUGUGGAAGAAAGCCACAAGGUGUUGGAUUUGAGGAUUUCAUAUUCCACAGACCAGGGGAAAACAUUUCAUUUCACAGCAUUUGCAAAGAGUGAAAAGGACAUCUUCUAUUUUUGGUGAAAGAAUUUUCAAAUUUUUUUUUUUAACUUCACUUACACCAUGGCUGGGAUGUAUGGAUGCUUCAAGGGCCGGAACAGUGAUAGUGCUGCCAUGGCAUCAGGACCUCCAGAUGUGAUGACCAAUCAGGAGCCUGCUGAGGUCCAGGAAGAGUGUUCAGGAAAGAAAAAGUCCAAGUUCCAGACGUUCAAGAAAUUCUUCGCCAGAAAGAAGAGAAAGGAGCCAUCAGCUGUCAGAGAGGACGCGGGGCUUAAAGCCAGCCAGUCGAGCGACAAUGUCAGCAAAGCGUCAGAGAAUAACACACUCACUCGAUCGGAGAAGGAUAAGGGCUCUGGGUCAAAGAUCAGCCUGGGUAGCAAGGCCCUGUCACAUGACUCUGUCUUUGUUUCUGACUCAUCGGAGGCCAACGAGGCUCUGGGGGCUUCUCAGGACAGCAUUCAUGGGAAAGUGAAAUCACUACAGCUCCAGUUGAAGCAGGCCAUCAGACUGGGCUCUCCUCCAUCACUGAUGUGUGUGAAGAGGACAGAGGAUGCUGGAACCAUGUCUGAGGAUGAUGGUCUACCCUGCAGUCCACCUGAAUACACCACACCUCACACAGUCACGAAUCAGGCUCAGAGGAACAGUUCAAUCAGUCUGGAGGGAAUAGACAGUGAUGACGACCAGCUGUCCUGUGCAGCCUCCAGUAGAGCAAUGAGCCCCCUGGUGGUUCCAGGGGACUUCAGUCAGCCGGCCAGUCCCUUCGCCUGUCUGGAUAACUCUGCUGCCAAACACAAGAUGGGCCUGAGACACAAAGCCUGCAACAAGAGGAAACCUGCCAGUAGGCUGGAGGUGAAAACAGAGGGAGACUCUGUGGUGGAGGAGACGCUGAAAACGUCCACAACAGAAGCUUUGGAGGAGCAAGAACAACUGAAGACAGAGGUUGUAAGUUUUGAUGAGCUGAAACCAAAAGUGGAGAGGGAUGAGAAGGAAGAAGAAGAAGAAAAGGAGGAAGAAGAGGAGGAGGAGGAGGAGGAAAGAGAGCAACCACAGCACUCAAGACAAUCCCUGUUGAGAGAUAAGGAGGAGAGGGAGGAGGGAGAGGAUGAGUCGGAAGCAGAACAGGAUGUUUCUCAUAGCCCGGACACUUCCUCUCCUCCUGAGCCAAGUCUCUCAGAGGAAGAAGCCCCAGAUGCCCAGCCCCUGCCCUCCUCCAAGCCCAGCUCCAGAGCCUCGUCUCUGGACAGUCCCAGAGCUACACCAGAGCCCCCUGCUGGUCCAAGAGAGUACUUACUGGAUCCUCCGGGUGUUGCCUAUGGAGCAGAGGAGAAAAGGGUUGAAAGUGAGAUGACACUGAGAGCAGAAGAAGAUGGAGUCGAGGAAACCAGGGAGGAGGAGGGCUCCUUCUUACAGGAGGUUCUGAGUUCCCUAAAAACUCCCCUCGCAUCUUGCUCACUGGGCGUGGAGACUGAGGGCGUUGUCGUGGAGAUGGAGGAGGAGAUGAAGGAAAAGGAAGAAGAAAAAGAAGAAGAUGAAGAAGAGAUAGAAGAUGGGGAGGAGGCAAAGGAAGAGGAGGCAGUGAUGGAUGAGCCUGUCAGCUAUCAGCCUGCUUCCUCUGACUCUCUACUGCUGGGUCACACCACUGAGGAAGAGGAGGAGGUUUCCACUCCUUCCUGUCAAGAAGAAGUGGUUACCACUGAAGAAGAGGCAAAGGAUGACGAAGAAGAAGAAGAAGAAGAAGCAGUGGAGGAAGAAGAAGAACUAGUUGUGGAACGAUUCAGUCAACAUGAUCAGGAAGAGGAAGUAGAGAAUGAGGAGGCAGAGGAAGUCAAACCUGAGGAGGAAAAUGAUACGCCUACAAGAAAAACUGACAUCCAGGCACAGGAAGAAAGACAAGGGGAAGAGAGUGAGAGAGAGGAGGAGGCGAUGGAGCUGGAGAAGGAGCCAGAGGUGGAGGAGGUGGGACAGGAGAAGACAGGAGAGGACGAUAAGGAGGAGGAGGUGGAGAUAGAGGAAGUGAACAUGAGAGUGGAGGAGGCAGAGGAAGCAGUUGUUGAGGAAGAGAGAGAGGACGCAGAGGAGGCGACAGAGGCAGAUGAAGACGUUGAUAUUUCCAUGUCUUUGCAGGAGGCUGAUGAAGGUGUAGAUGCUGUGGUUGAAGAUGACACUGUGUUCACAGCAACUCACACAAAUGACGAAGACAUCUCUACAGAAUCGGGUGAUCAAGUAUUCGCCAAAGUGCAGGACGGGCAAGAAAACUCUGAGAUCCCAGAGGAAGGUGGAGAGAUCGACCACUCAGAACAAAAAUCAGACGGAGAGGACGAGGAGGAGGAGGAGGAGGAAGCAAACCAACCUGAUGUGGAUGAAACUGAACAAGAAAAAGUAGAAAUAUCCUAUUUAGACACGAAACAAGAUCAAACUGAAGCCACAGAACAAGCUACUGUUUCACCCAAGCUGCCUUCUUUGUCUCUUCCAGAGUCACAUUAUGAGACUCAGUCACAAGACAGUGGGACUGUCUCUCCCAGUAAAACCAGCACUACCACUAUCCACAUAAAUCUAGUCUCUCCCAGCUCAGAGAAAGCCAAAUCUUUCUUCCAACAGGCCCCAACUGCUGCAGAUCUUGAAGAAAAGGUGACUGAGUCGCCUUCUCACGCUGUAGCAGCCACAGAGCGACACACAGAUGAAGAAGGAGCUGAUGCAGUGGAAGAAGUGGAAAAAGAAAAACAAUCCGCUGUGGAAGAAGAAGAAGGAGAAUCUACACCUCCAGCCUCCGCAGAGGAAACGGUCAACAAGCCAUCCAGAGGUUCAGACCAGAGUAAAGUACGCUUCACCAUCACCCCCGCCUGGCAGAGGUCACAGAGUUUGACUCCUCCCUCCUCUCCACCCGCCUGCGUCUCCUCUUUGCCAUCUGCCGUAACAGGACCUGAAGGUGAGGAGGUGGAAGAUAAAACCAAGAAGGAUCCAGUUGUGAAAGCAGAGCCGGCAAGUUCCCCUAAGGUUGAAUUAGUGUUGAGUCCUGCUAGAGUGAGGAAUGCAGGGAGCACCACCCCCAAACCGCAGAGCAGUGCAGCACCGUCUCCGUCCUCCGUCAAACCUCAGACCUCAGCUGCUGCGAGCACAGAAGAGAGCUCUGUCGUAGUGGAGGGAAACCCCGACAAUCCGUUCGGAGUCCGGCUGAGGAAGACAUCAGGUCUGCACCGCUUCAGCUCCGAGGAGGAAAACACAGAGUCUCCCACCGAGUCUCCAAUUCAGCCAACCAGCUGUAAAGCUGAGCCACCACAGCCAAUCAGUGUCAAGCCCUCUGUAAGUCAGCCAAUCAGUAACAAGCCUGCCCUCCCUAAGAAACCAGAUGUACAUGGAGACAGUGGAGGAAAAACCAAGCGUAUCUCAGACCCAGCUGCAGCUCGUGGUGUUUCUGCUGGAUCUGAUUCUCCCAGCUGGAUCUCUGUGGCCAAACAGAAACAGAAGAUCUAUAAAGAAAACUCGCUGGAUGAGAUUACUGUCAAGAAGGAGGAACAAGAGCGGAAGUCUUCGCUGCCAAUGUACGUCAGCUCAGCUGCAGGCAAGGAGCAGAGCAGCAAAACAGCUGAAUGCACCAGCAAAGUGAGUUCGUUGGAGAUCAAUAAGCCUUCAGUGUCUGUAGAGAAGGAGACCAGGAGAGCUCUCUCUCCUCCAACUCCAGUGCCACCUCAGCCGUCAAAAGCCCAGUCCCUGCCCUGUCCAGUACCUCCAAAACCCCAAGUUCCACCUGCCACAACAAAACCUCCACCACAGCCCAGCCCAGCCCACAAAUGCAUGUCACCUCCUACUCCGGUUCCUGUUUCCCAAAAAUCUCCCUCUUGCACAAGCCCGCCAUCUUUCUCCAAAACUGCCACCUCUUCACCUUCCUCCAAGACGCCCCAGCCUCAGAGUACGACAGCCACCUCCACUCCCUUUUCACCGAGAACCGCUCCAGAAAAGUCUGGUUCAAAAGCUCCGGGUCUUUCUGGACAGACCCCGUCCUCCCAGCGAAGCCUGCCUCCCCCUGAUUUGCCCCAGGAUGAGCCUCCGUGGAUGGCACUGGCCAAGAAGAAGGCCAAAGCCUGGAGUGAGAUGCCCCAGAUCGUCCAGUGACGGGCCAGGUUUAAGUUAGUCUGUGCACAGGGGGCCUAAGCUGGCUCAAAAGAAGACCCGAGAGGGUCACAUCUGAAAGGGGGUUGAAGUGGUCCGGGAGUCUGGGUGGACCAGAAUGCAUUUGCACACAAAGAGUUGUUGUUGUUGUUUUCUGUUGUUUUCAUACUAUCCUGGCUUCAUGCUUCCAAAACUCUUGAGUCACACAGCUAAAGACAGGCUCUGUUUAACCCUUUUCCUUCUGUUUGUCCUUAUGUUGUACAGUCAUGUUUUCUGAAUGACAGGGUAGGACCCUUAAAGUUAACGCGUCUUACUUGAAGUGGAUCCAUAUUUUUUCAGCAGUCUUAGUGUGUUAUGGUGCCUGAAUACAUGUAGACUCACAGUAGUAAAUAUUUUUUAUCUAAGGUAACUCAAAUGAUUCCACCUGAUAUCACUAAACAUUUCAGGGCAAGAAAGAAUAAGACAUUAUUUUAUAAAAGAGGACGCCUUAUUCACAGAAAGAAGAGAGAGGAAAUCUUGGGGUUAGAGAUUCAUUUAUUCAGUCUUGAAUGAGUGGACAGGAUGCCGUUGUUCAGUCAGUCCCAGUCUCUGUGUGUGUGUUUAUUUUAAGGCAGUGAUACAUGCUCACAUUUUGAGGAAUGUGGAAAAUCUUUGUGGCCAGAGAGUAAAAAUGGGAUAACAUCCAAGUUCAGCUGGAGAAAAAUGUGCUGAACUAACUGCUACUGGUCAUGAGUUCUGGUCAGAUAAGCUGAUCCACGGUUCCUCUGUGUAUCAGGUUCUUUAGACAAAUACAUUUCUUAUAACACGAUCCACAGAUACUAAACUAAUGUUGUUUGUUGUGUUAACGAGUGCUGAGUGUGUCCAACAUGUUUCAGGUUGUCAGCGUAAAUUAUAUUUUUAAUUUUCUCUUUUGCUAUUUUGGAUACAUAAGCGCAUCUGUCAGCGUCCUACAGAAAUCUAAAACCUCCACAGAGUCGUCUGUUCAGGUUCAACUAUCAUUACACUGACCCUUGUGUCUUUUUAAUAUUUUUUACUGCAUCAUCAUGUGGGCGUGUUGCGGGUUAUGUAACAUUUUCCAAUUACGACUAAGCAUGUAAAUAAAUCAAUAUACAUAAUUAGAUAUUUGGAGAUUGGGUUGCUGCAGGAUGCAAAGCAUCACUAAAGGAAGCAGCUGAACGUUUCCUUUGUAUCAAUUAAAUCUAUCUCACAGUAGCUAUAUGUUUUAUGCGUUUUGUUUUAUUUUGUAUUGCUUUUUGAGAAUUUGUCUUGUACAUAAAAUGUGCAGUAAAGAACAAAUGAAUCGCUUUUUCCUGUUCUUUUAUUUGUUGUCUGUCCGAAUGUCCAUACACAGUCUCUGAAACACAAGUAUAAAGGAAAUGUAUAUUUCUUACAGCAUAAAACAACCAAGUGGCACAAU